GUUGAUAACCUCCUCGUCCAUGGACUUGUGGCGUCGAGUAGGCCCGUUCUUCACCGGUUUCCGUGUUUGCUAAACUGUUGCUGACUGAACUUGUACAGUUGGGCCUGACGAUCGUGGCAACUGGAUAUCUCCUCACGUCGUGACGGUCAAACUGAAACCAGUGCUGAUCUGUUUCCAAUGUUAGUUUAGCUGCAGUAUGUCAGAGGAGCGAGGAAAUGACUCUCUCUCUAAGACGAGUCUCUCAGAGGAACAGAGUGAUAGAUCAAGUUCACAUGUGUCCAGCUCUGUGUCUGUGAAAAGUGACUGGUCAAAGGAGGGUAACCAACCGAACUUCAGUGAGAAAACACCAUCACCAACCAAAGGGCUUAAAUAUGAAACAUUAGAUUCAGAUUUCCAGACUCACAGGAAACACAAGAAUUUCACAGAUAAUCUCCUGUGCAUCUUCCAGGAUCUUGAGAGCAAAAUAAUCACCUUACUGAAAAAUGAGCUGGAAAAGUUUAAGAAAAUAUUACAAAAAGAGAACACACAAUCCUUAGUGGAGGACUUUAAUGAGAACAGAUCCUGGAUCAGAGAAGCAGCUCUUGAUCUCACACUACAUUACCUGAGAGAGAUGAAGCAAGAUGAAGCUGCUGAUGCUCUAGAAGAUGAGCUGUUCUUCAUUCAUCAGCUGAAAUGUGGCCUAAAGAAGAAGUAUCAAUGUGUGUUUGAAGGAAUUGCAAAGCAAGGUGACUCCACACUCCUGAAUAACAUCUACACAGAUCUCUACAUCACUCAGGGUGGCAGUGAACAGGUCAAUACUGAACAUGAGGUCAGACAGAUUGAAGUUGCUUCCAGACGUCAUGAAGCACAAGAGAUACAGGUUAAAUGCACACAUUUGUUUGAAGCGCAUGAACAACACCAGGAGAUCCGAACUGUACUGACAAAAGGAGUCGCUGGCAUCGGGAAAUCAGUCUCUGUGCAAAAGUUUGUUCUGGACUGGGCUGAAGGAAAAGAAAAUCAAGAUAUCAGCUUCAUAUUUCCUCUUCCAUUCAGAGAGAUGAACUUAAAGGAGAAAGAAAAACUAAGUUUAAUGGGUCUUAUAACUCAGUUUUUCCCAGAGACAAAAGGACUGAACCUUACAAGAAGGAAUCAGUUCAAAGUGCUGUUCAUCCUUGAUGGACUGGACGAAUGUCGCCUUCCCCUGAAGUUUGAUUGUAAUGAGACGUUGAGUGAUGUAUCGUCACCAGCCUCUCUGGAUGUUCUCCUAACGAACCUCAUGAAGGGAAAUCUGCUUCCUUCUGCUCUCGUCUGGAUCACCAGCAGACCAGCAGCUGCCAGUAAGAUUCCUCCUGACUGUAUCGACCGGCUGACAGAGAUACAAGGAUUCAGCGACGCACAAAAGCAAGAGUACUUCAGAAAAAGAUUCAAAGAUGAGAAAAUGGCCAAUGAAAUCAUAGAUCAUGUUAAACAAUCAAAGAGUCUCUUUAUCAUGUGCCACAUCCCAGUCUUCUGCUGGAUUUCAGCCACUGUUCUCCAGAACAUUCUGAAGGAGAAGAGAAAUAAUGAUGUGAGAAACACUCAGGCUGAUGAGAUCUCUAAAACACUGCAGGAAUCAAACACUGAAGACACUCCCAAGACUCUGACACAAAUGUACACACACUUUCUCCGCUUUCAGAUCCAGCAGAGCCGCCGGAAAUAUGAUGGAGAAUACACACCAGAUGUUUCCUGGGAUAAAGACACUACCCUUUCACUGGGGAAACUGGCAUUUCAUCAUCUGGAAAGAAACAACCUGAUCUUCUAUGAAUCAGACCUGGAAGCCUGUGGUCUUGACGUCUAUAAGGCAUCAGUGUACUCAGGCAUGUGUACCCAGAUCUUUAAGGAGGAAACAGGGAUCGUUCUUGGUACCAUGUACUGCUUUGUUCACUUGAGCAUUCAAGAGUUUAUUGCAGCCCUUUAUGCACAUCUGUUUCUAGACAUCAACAAGACAAGUGUGUUUGAUCAUGAGUCUACAGAACAGGAAAACAGAAAUGAAACCAUGAUUGAUUUUCUCAAGACUGCAGUGGACAAGGCGCUGGAGAGUGACAAUGGACACCUGGACCUUUUCCUUCGCUUCCUCCUCGGUCUGUCACUCCAGACCAAUCGACGACUCUUACGAGGUCUGUUAACACAGCGAGACGGCACUGACCAGAGCAACAAGGAAAUAGUUCAACGACUCUUAGGAGGUCUGUUAACACAGCGAGACGACACUGACCAGAGCAACGAGGAAAUAGUUCAGUACAUUAAGAAGAAAUUAGAAGCUAAUCUUCCUGCAGAGAGAUCCAUCAAUCUGUUCUACUGUCUGAAUGAACUGAACGACCAAACUCUGGUAAACGAGAUUCAGACCCACCUUAGCAAAGGAAGUCUCUCAUCUGCUGACCUUUCACCUGCCCAGUGGUCUGCUUUAGUCUUUGUGUUGACAUCAGAGGAGGAGCUGGAGGAGUUUGAGCUUCAGAAAUUCAAGAAAUCAGACGAGUGUCUCAUUAGAUUAUCGGCAAUCCUCAAAACCUCCAAAAGAGCUCUGUUAAAUGAUUGUGACUUAACAGACAAAAGCUGUUCAGCUCUGGCUACAGUUCUUGGAUCAGAUACCAAUCUGAAAGAGCUGAACAUGAACAAUAAUAAUCUACAGGAUUCAGGAGUGAAGCUGCUCUGCACUGGACUGAAGAAUAAAAAGUGUACAUUGGAGAUACUGAGACUUUCAGACUGCAGUAUCACUGAAGAAGGUUAUAAAGCUCUGGCUUCAGCUCUGAGAUCAAACCCUUCACACCUGAUAGAGAUGGAUCUCAGAGGAAAUGAUCAUGGAGAAUCAGGAGUGAAGCAGUUCAGUGAUUUACUGCAGGAUCCAAACUGUCAACUGAAGACACUGAGGUUUUUGAGUCCUGCUGCAGAUGAAGCCUGUCAGUAUGUGACUGGAAUUGUGGGUAAAAACCCAUUAUUCACGAGAGAGCUGAAUCUGAGUGAACGUGAACUAGGAGACACACGAGUGAAUCAGAUCGCUGCUCUACUGCAGGAUAAACACUGUGAACUCAACGCACUAAUGCUUGAGGAGCCUUUCCAGUUACAAGUGGAUGCCAGCCAGGAUGAGAACGGGCUGGGUGUUCUGACUGCAUGUAAGAGUUUGCUUGAUGAAAGCAUUGUUGAUUCUGAUGAGGACUACACUCCCGAGACAAGUAAGUUACCCAUAGACAGUAUAAGAAAGCAAGUACCGCAUCGUCAGCUUGAGGACAGAUUCGUGGUCGAGGGCGAAGCAGAGGAGGUCGUGCAAGAGGCCGUGCUAUUAGGGUCCGAGGAUGUAGAGGCCGAGGACGGGGUAGUCGAAGUGCCGGGCAAGGAGCACUUUUUAGACAAGAGGACUUGCGUCGAGUUUUGCAUCUUCAAGCUCAAUCAAGGGCAUGCGAACAGGUACGAUCUGGAUAAGCGCAAGUGGGCAGGUCCUGUGUGGCAAAAGGGUGGUUGCCAUGGUUGCGAGAGAGUGACAGUCGCCUAA